UGCAAUGCUGUAACUGCUUCUUUUCCUUGCUGCCUUUAAUGAGACUCUCACUUUGUAUUUUAGGAAAGAAGUAAAAUGUGGACAGUCACAAUGCAGGACGGAUUACUACAAACAGUUCUUGAGGAGGAGAUGACAUGCUCAAUAUGCCUGCUGUUAUAUACUGAGCCAGUCACACUACCCUGUGGACACAACUUCUGCAGUGCAUGUAUCCAGACAGUAUGGGAAAAUACAGACAAGAACAGAUGUUAUGUAUGCCCUGAGUGCAAAGCACCAUACUUUAGUAAACCAGCACUGCAAAAAGAUUACAAGAUAUGCAGUAUUGUGGAACGUUUCUCACAAAGUAUAAAAAAUAUGGGCCAUUCAAGUAUUCCAUGUGAUAUAUGCCUGGACAAGGCAUCAGCUGCUGUAAAAACAUGCUUGAAAUGUGAGCUUGCCAUGUGUGAAUUUCAUCUACAACCUCAUCUGCAGAGACCAGCCUUUAAGAGUCAUGCAUUGAUGGAGCCCAUUGCAGAGAUGCACAAAUGGAAAUGUGCAGAUCAUAAUGAGAUGCUCAGGUUCUUCUGCAUGGAUGACAAAGCCUAUCUCUGUGCAACUUGUGCUGCUGAAAAUCUAGAUCACAGGACUCAUAACUUGAGGAAUUUCACAACGGCACAGAAUGAGAUCAAGGACCAGCUUAGAGCAACAUGUCAUGAGCUCACAGCAAAGGAGAAAGAAUAUGACUGGUUAAUCAGCCAAUGCCACAAAAUACUGGCAGAAACCAAGGAGAAGUUUGCUGAAACCAAACCGAAGGUAAAGCUCAUUUCAGCACAGCUGAGGAAAUGGAUUGAUGAAUUUGAAGAGGAUGUGGAAAAAUAUUUUCAAAUUGCUGAAGACAAAGCUCUGGAAGAUCUAAGACAUCACGCUGCGAAGCUGGAAGGUUUGAAUGAGCAGAUCAGGUUUACCAAGGAAGAGAUUAGAAUUCAUUGUAAUGGUGAGAAGUUUGCUGAAACCAAACCGAAGGUAAAGCUCAUUUCAGCACAGCUGAGGAAAUGGAUUGAUGAAUUUGAAGAGGAUGUGGAAAAAUAUUUUCAAAUUGCUGAAGACAAAGCUCUGGAAGAUCUAAGACAUCACGCUGCGAAGCUGGAAGGUUUGAAUGAGCAGAUCAGGUUUACCAAGGAAGAGAUUAGAGAAUUCAUUGUCAAUAAGCAACCAGGCCUUCAGUUCCUAAAAGCCUACGAAUCACUCCAAGAUAGAUUACCCAAGGACAGUGAUUAUUCUGAAGAAUGUGUGCCACAGACUACUAUGGACUACAGUCAUUUUCAUGAGGAAACUGAAAGAGCUUUCACAAAUUUGCAAAAAAAGUGUGCACAGUUCAAAUCAAUUCUCCAUCAUGCAUUCUAUGGCAGUGAACUCACACUGGACCAAAACACAGCUAAUCCUCACCUCAGGCUGACUGAUAAUUUCAGGACUGUUCGGAGUGCUGAAUAUCGCUGGCCAUAUCCUAGUCAUCCUGACCGAUUUGACUGCUGCAACCAGGUCCUCUGCUCACAGACUGUUGAUCAAGGACAGCAUUACUGGGAGAUUCAGACUGUGGGUGAGGAAUGGGCAAUAGGUCUGGCUUACACAAGCAUUCCACGAAAGACAGAGAUUGCUGAAUGUCUUCUGGGACAAGGUGUAGAUUCCUGGUGUAUAGAGUGGAGUGAAAAUCAAAUGUUUGCCUGUCAUCAGAGUAACUCCAUUCCAAUUCUAGGUGUAGAAAACCCAAGCAAAAUUUGUCUCUUCUUAGACUAUGAGGCUGGAGAAAUCACAUUCUAUGUGAAAGAAAAUACUUUAAGACAUUUACAUUCAUUCAGCACCAAUUUCACAGCACCACUGUCUCCAGGAUUUUGUGUUAUCAAGGGAUCACUUACUCUGGAGUAGUGAAGAGUUUAUACAGACAGCAAUUAGAUGCAGCUGAUGCAUUAGCCAUAUCUUAAAUAUAUACCUAAAGCACGUGUCUGCAAGAGCAUACCUUCAAGCCAUAUGGUACAACAGAACUGCAUGAACUGUCGCAAAUUUCUCGCAAUCAAAGAAUUUGCAGUCAGUCAGGAGUACACCAUCAUUUCUCUUCAGUGUCAAAUGAAUCACAGCUUAUUAUUUUUCUCUGUUUCAAUCUCUUAAUGCAGCACUUUUGAUAUUUUUAAUAACUAAUUGAAAACUUUCUUUUCAAGCAAGCUCCCUAUUAAUAGUACGCAACCUAUAAUUGUGAGUUUUGUAACUUCAAAAAAUAAAGUCUUCUGUAAAAAUAAAUGCAAAGAAUUCUGCAGCUUGCUGCAGAAACAUUAAAAAAGCCUUGCCCCUGCACCCCCCUCCAAAUUUGGUGGGCUGUACCCUUACACAUUCCCCCUACUUAUAUGUUCUUACUCUGAGAGUGGUGGAAUUCUCUGGGACAGACAAUCUCAGACUUAGUAUAUAUUCAUUUAUAUUCUUCUCAGUGCCCCAAGUGUAACAAUUACAGUGCUUAGAAUUUCAAAAGGCAUCUUUUCAGGAGAUUGUAUGAUUUUGUUACCUGAAGUUAUAUGCAUUAUAUAUAUUUUUAUGCUCUUGAGUCUGUCUGUGUAUAUAAUUUUGUAUUCAUGCUUUUAAUUGUGUAGAAGGCUUGUUAUGCAUGCCAUAAAAUAAAAUAUAUGAUUAUUAUUUGUAUACAGUGGGCAAAAUACAAUCUAAAGCCUUUGUCCAUAGAAGAAAACUCUAGAUUAACAGAGUAAUCCAGGGAAAAAUGGAUCAUGAACAUUUAAUUCUAAUUUAAUGGAAAAUAACUCUGCAAUGCAGAGGGGGGAGCCCUGACUUAGACCCAGAUGACCUGUGCCCAUAACUUGGAAAACUGACUGGAGGAAGAGAAAGGCAGCAGUGUUUUAGUAGACUGCCUUUCUGAUAGGGAGGGGUCAUAAUCAGGGAUGACAACUUUGGUUGUGAUACAGGGGUAUUCAUCACAUACUUCCAAAAUACUGUGGGCAGGCACUAGUAGAAGUUUUCUAUCAUAAUGGCCUUGUGUCAUUGCAUGUCACUCACUGGAGUAAUGAUAUGGGUAGGGCAUAUAAAUAAAAUAGCCCUAUGUCAAUAAUUAAACCACUGCACUGAAAUGCUUCAAUUUCCUCUCAGACAAUAGGAAAGUUUCAAAUCUGGUCCAGGGGUCCUAGUCCGACUUCCAUUAUCUGAGAUCAAGAAAUGGUACCAGUGGCAGCCAGUGGUCUGCUCCAUAGGGUCCACAAAAAUAUUAAUUUAACUACCAUUAUUCAACAGCAUUCUCCAAGUCUUGCAUGUAUAGAUAUAGGUACAAAACAAGCAUCCAAAAACACAAAAUGCAAGUCAGUUUGGUCUUUCACUAAAUAAUUUUCAGUAUUUAGAAUGUGUAUAUGCAUGUACAGACAACAUCUGCAAAAGAAGACUUCUAUAAAGAAAAAUGCCCUAAUACCAAUAUAAUUCUAGAGCCUGUCCUUAUGUAGUGCGAAAUGAUAAAAUGUCAUUCAACAGCAAAUGGAAAAGUUUAAAUAAUAUUCUAAACAUGUAAGUGAUGAAAAGAUACAUGCAAAAUACUAAUACUGUUUUAAUGGGGGCCAACCUUGUUAUUGCCACACUAAUGAACAGCACUCUUAUGAGAUCACCAGGGUUUGACUGCUGGGAUUCAUCCAGGAAGAUCAAGGAUGCAGUAUCAUGAGGACUUCUCUUUUACCCAGUAUGCAAAAACCUCAGAUAUGCCACGCACCAGUAGUAAGGGGCUGCAGACCC